GGUACGGCUUCUGCAACAUAAACGAUUCUGUACCCGAAAAACGCACACCGAGCACCUUGCACACCUGGCUAAUCCCACCCGCCCGCGCAGCGCCAUUCGAGAGCAAAACCUACGCCGUGCAGACCAGCCUUUGCCCUUCUGGAGGUGCAGAAUUGGCCCUGCUUGUUCAAUUUUAGGCCCAGCAGUUGUGUGAGAUGCUGCCAAGUGCUGGUGUCUAUUACUUCCCAUGGGAGAUCAACAACUCAGUCCCUGAGGGGGAGGCCCUGAGGACGUUUGGCAGGUUGUGCUGCUAUGACCUGGCCCGAUCCGAAGCCGUUCUCACUGCUCAGCACAGCUCAGCUCAGUACCAGGUCUGUGUCGACACCAAGUUUGUGGAGCCAUUCCAAGCCCAGCUGGGAUCUUUCUACAUCGUCCUGGGAGAGGCUGAAUACAGGGAAGCAACUUCCAGUCCCGUGGUAAAAGCACGAAUCUUGACCUGCGUGGAAGGGAUGAACGUGCCCUUGCUGGAACAAGCCAUACAGGAGCAGAGGAAGUACUUCAAGGAGAGGCAGGAGCAGAGGGAAAGCAGCACAUCCUGACAGCUCCGAGACCAGACAUAUGCUGGUCCUUGCACUGCCAUUUGCAACAAAUAUGUUAAAAGUAAAUUAGGAUGUGGGUUUGCUACAUGGGUUUUGCUGUGGCAAACAGCAAAGUCACUGAGCAGGGAAGCACUUGAAGGCUGUGAGUCAGUCUGUGACUGGGUUAUCCAUUCAUGCCAUGUGUCAUCACUGAAAAUAGCUCAGGGAAGGUUUGUUGUUUGUUUUUUGAAAGGGUGACUAAGGAAAGGGUUAUACUGGUCCUUUUGUAAUACAGGGCCUGGAGAAGUCAGGAAAAGGAGAAGUCUCUGAAUCUGGAGUUAAGCAGCUCAUUGUUGGCAGAUUGGAGGAAAGAGGAAAGGGUGCCCUGACUCAGUUGCCACACAGGAACAUUCCUGGCAAAACACUCACUUACCUGGAUUGACCAACAAAGAAACAAGAAGAACAAAGAGUCCCUAUUUUCAGUAGCAGCUGCCUCUUCAGGCUUUCAGUAGCUGGUGUCCAAGGGGAGGAUUGAUUUUACCUCCAAGAUAAAUAUUCGAAGUGCCCUGAUAACCAUCACUUGACUUUCUUCCUUGACAAUUAAGUUUAAGAGAUCUUAAAUCCCUUUUGAGAGAUUUUUUUUUGAUUGAUAUUUUCCUAAAUAAAGAUGAAAAGAGAAGGCAGCCUGUC